GGCAGGCCGCGCGCGGGCCGCGCAUGCGCAGCGGGGCCCGGCGUUUGAGUGGCAAGUUGUUUGUUACAGCGAACACCAGCUGCUCCCCGCGCCGAGCGCCGCGCGCCGCUGCUCCGCCGCUCGGCCGCUCGGCUGCUGCUCCGCCGGCGCUGCCUCCCUCGCCCCACGGCUCCUCCUCGCAACUUGGCGGGCCUCCUCCCCUUUGUCCGGCCCGGCCCGGCCGCCGCCGCCCCCCGCGCCCGGCGCCGAGCUCCCGGGUCCCCGGGCCGGCUGUCGGUGCCGGCAGGGCGCGGAGGGGGCGGGGGCCGCGGCUCGUCCCCCCGCGGAUGAGCCGCCGCGGACGGGGCGCGGGCGGACGAUGGAACUCCACAUCCUGGAGCACCGGCUGCAAGUUGCCAGCGUCGCCAAGGAGAGUAUCCCGCUGUUCACCUACGGCCUCAUCAAACUUGCCUUCCUGUCCUCCAAGACCAGGUGCAAGUUCUUCAGCCUGACCGAGACGCCAGAGGAUUACACUAUCAUUGUAGAUGAGGAGGGAUUCCUAGAGCUGCCCUCCUCAGAGCACCUGAGUGUGGCAGAUGCCACCUGGCUGGCCCUGAAUGUGGUGUCCGGCGGUGGCAGCUUCUCCAGCUCCCAGCCCAUCGGUGUGACCAAGAUCGCCAAGUCUGUCAUCGCCCCGCUGGCCGACCAGAACAUCUCCGUAUUCAUGCUGUCCACGUAUCAGACAGACUUCAUCCUGGUACGCGAGCGGGACCUGCCCUUUGUCACGCACACGUUGUCAUCAGAGUUCACCAUCCUUCGGGUCGUCAAUGGCGAGACUGUGGCAGCUGAGAACCUUGGCAUCACCAACGGCUUCGUGAAGCCCAAGAUGGUCCAGAGGCCGGUCAUCCACCCCCUGUCCAGUCCGAGCAACAGGUUCUGUGUCACCAGCCUGGACCCCGACACACUGCCUGCUGUUGCCACACUCCUCAUGGACGUCAUGUUCUACUCCAAUGGAGUGAAGGACCCCAUGGCCACCGGGGAUGACUGCGGCCACAUCCGCUUCUUCUCCUUCUCCCUCAUUGAGGGCUACAUCUCCCUGGUGAUGGACGUGCAGACGCAGCAGAGGUUUCCUAGUAACUUGCUGUUCACAAGCGCAUCCGGAGAGCUCUGGAAGAUGGUGCGGAUUGGAGGACAGCCCCUGGGAUUUGAUGAGUGUGGCAUCGUGGCCCAGAUCUCAGAGCCCUUGGCUGCCGCAGACAUCCCGGCCUACUACAUCAGUACUUUCAAGUUUGACCACGCACUGGUUCCAGAAGAGAACAUCAAUGGUGUCAUCAGUGCCCUGACGGUCAGCCAAGCAGAGAAGCACUAGGAGGGUCUCUUCUGCUCCUCCCUGCUGCCGCCCAGCCCAGCCCCAACCCCGAAGAUUGAUCUCGCAGUAUUUCUCUACAGACUGGAAAAUCUUCCUGGGGACCCCGAGGAAGGGGCCUCUCCAGGAGACUCCCUCGAUUGCCAAUCCCUCCAGGCCAGGGGCCCACGCCAAGGCCUCCUCAUGCCCUCCUGCCUUCCCGGAGCCCCCCAGCCCUCCAGAGAGCAACCUGCCUCUUCCCCACCCCAGAAAAUGCUUUUGGAGGCCCAGGGGGCUUGUGACCUGAUCCGCCUUCUCAUCCAGCCUCGCCCACGGCCAGGGGCAGAUAUAGAGGGAAGUUGGUCCCUCCUACGAGACAGCAGUGUGCCAGCUGUCAUGUCGCCUUGCAGGGCUGGGGCUGGCGGGGUGGGGUGGAGUCUGGGGCACCCGGGAGGGUUUUGGGGGCGAAUACUGUGGUCGCUGGUCUCUCGUCCAUCAGCUCAGGGCUGGUCCCCUCCGAGUGGAGGCCAGCGCGACCCCCUCAGGUCUUCGGAGCUGGUGAGGCUCAGACGGGAACCCAGGCAGCAUCCCCAAGCUGGGAAGGACCCAAACUCCCCCUGUACCUCGCCUGCCAUUCACAGGGCCUGGGCCCGACUCCCAGCAAGACUGCCAAGAGGGCCCUGUCCAGACCCUCCCCCACAAAUACCCAGUCCUUGGGGGAGGAGGGAGGGUCCCAGGAGACCCACCAGCCUGGAGCACCAGCUCCUGUCCCCUCGGCUCUCCCUGGACCCGCCUUGGGCAGGCAGAGCCUCAGUUUCCCCCAGCAGGGAUAUUCCUGGCUUUUUGGGCCUGGGGUUUCUUAGGUGGUGUCCCACCUCCCCAACAGAUGACUAGACCAGCAUAGGACUUCCCACCUCCCUCCCCUGCCCCCAACUCGCCUGCCCACCCCUUGGUCGGGGGCUGUGGCAUUCCUAAGUACUUGACCCAGGAGGCAGCUUAACUGAGCCUUAAUAGAGAAAACCUUACCUUGUUUUAGUUUUUUAUUUAAUGUGUUUGCACCCAGGCUGCUGUUGGCGGUAGUUUCUGUUUGAGGGGGUAGGUAAGACCGAUUUGAGUUGUGUUGAGGGGGCCUGGAGGCUCCAUGUCACUAGGCUGGUCCUCUGGGACUCCAGGGACAGGCAUGAGAGUCUGGAGAUGUCACACAAGCCUUGGCCCUCUCUUCUGAAGGGAAGCUGAGAGCAGACAUCUCCUGCGAGAUGCUAGAGCUGCUGUCACCCGACAUGGGACCUCCCUACCAGCUGUGGCUCUUGUUGAGCACCAGAGGCAGUGAGGGUCCCCUAGGGCCGUGGGGAGGUAGACAGAGGUAGACAGGUCACGGGCCAGCUGAGUGGUCAUGACCAGGAGGCACGGGGUUUGCUGUGGCGUCCCUUCCGUUGAUCGGGGUGGCUUUCUGAGUGAGCAAGGUCCAAGGGCCUCUGUGGCUUUGGCUCUGGCAGUCAAGUUGUGAUGUUUCUUUUUUUCUGAGAUGGUAACUCGCUCUGUCACCAAGGCUGGAGUGCAGUGACGCGAUCUUGGCUCUCUGCAACCUCCGCCUCCCGGGUUCAAGUGAUUCUCCUGCCUCAGCCUCCCAAGUAGCUGGGAAUACAUAACGUGCACCACCAUGCCUGGCUAGUUUUUGUAUUUUUAAUAGAGACGGAGUUUCGUCACGUUGCUCAGGUGAUCUGCCCGCCUCGGCCUCCCAGAGUGCUAGGAAUAGAGGCGUGAGCCACAGCACCCGGCCAAGUUGUGCUGUUUCUGAGAAGGUCGGAGGAGAAGGGGUAGUUUCUAAACCUGGCAAAAUGCUCCCCACUUUAUGAGCCGAGUGGGACCCUCUGAGCCCCAGAAGCCCACCACAUCAAUUAGAAACCCACUUUUUUUUUUUUUUAAGUUAAUUCAUUUUGCACAAAACGUCAAAACAAAACUUGUAGAUUGCUGGUCCCAAAAGGGAGGCGGCCAGGUGGGGCGGGCCUGCGGUGGAAGCCCUGAGUCCCCUUUCUGACCUUGCAAGGCCUUGAUUUUCCUUUCUGUCAUUUCCCCCGACAGUGUCACUCCUCUGCCUUUCCUUCCCGCCGUGCAAGUGUGUCGGCCUCAUGACCCCAGUGUCCUGUGUCCCCUACCUAGACUUCCUAGGACGUAUCUAUUGUACACACCUAUAAAUACCUGUGUUUUAUGUUGAUAGAGAUAUAUACUGUAAAUAGCAUAUAUACUUGAGCAAUAUAUAUGUUAAUAUAUACUGUGUGAUCAGUCUGUGGACACAGCCCCCCGCUGUGUGUGCCCAUGUGUGUGGGCGUGGUGGCGUCUGCCACGCACGCAGGCACGUUGGGAGUCACCAUAUAUUUUUAAUUCAAGUAUAUAUAGGCAAUACGAUUAUUACAGAAGCCGAUGGGUUCCCUCAGACCUGACUUGAGAGAUCAAAGCCAGCAAUUCAGAGCGUGGAGCGUGGGGCGUGGGGCGUGGGACGUGGGACGUGGGACAGGUGCCAAGAGCUCACUGUGACAUGAGUCAUGCCUCCUGUACCCCCCUUUCCCCAGCUACAGUCCCUGGGCGCCCUUGAUUUUUUGGGGAUGUUGAUCCCCAGGGAGGAGUAUUUGGAAUUCCUUGCUUUUAAUCGGAAUGCCCCCUCUCGCCUGCCCCACCCGGCGGCCUCACUCUGAAGACCUGGACUGGCCGAAUGGCCCACGCUGCCUGCGUUCCGCCUCCGCCUCCAUGGGUGGUAGUUUUUACAUAGGCGGCUUAUCUGUUGUUUUCUUGGGGGGUUUUUUGUUUGUUUGUUUUGGUAACCUGCAAGCUUAGAAAUCUCAGGUUCUGCUCCCGGGGCUCCUCCUGGGGACCGGACUCGUGAAACAGAAAAGCAGGAGUGUUGGGGCAGGCUGGGGCCAGGGUCUGGCUCUUGGCUCAGGCUGGCUCUGCAGGGUCCCUGUUCCAGCCAGCCCCGUGGGAGCUUUCCCCUAGGGACCCAUCCCUUCGGUCCUGGGGGCCCCCCUUUAGUUUUUCUGUCCCCGUCCUGCUCAUGUAAAGCUUGGUCGACCCUCUCGGUGUUCUGUGUGUAGCACAGUCUUGGUUUGGUCUCCACAGCUGUUCGGUGGGGUCGCUGUGAGUGUGGUUAUUCCCAGCGGGGGUUGUCUGCCCUUGUAUUCCAGCCAUCUCCUGGUCUGCUGGGUGAGAGGGUCUCUCCAAGCCCCAGACCCCACUAGGAGGGGUGUGUGUUUCUCGGAGGGGCUGCGAGCGGGACGCUUCUCCAUCCGCAGCUGCGUGGGGCUCCCUGCCUGACUGCCGUCUGUCCCCUGGAGGAAAUCGGAGGAGUGGGCCCGUUGUUUCGGCGUGGCAGAUGGGGCAGGUGCCUGGCGGGGGAGGAAGGGAGCUCGCUGUGAUGUGGAUUUUUUUUCUUUACAUGGGAGUCUUUCUGUCACCCAGGCUGGAAGUCAGUAAUGGCAUGAUCUCAGCUCACUGCAGCCUCCACCUCCUGGGUUCAAGAAAGUCUCCUGCCUCAGCCUCCCAAGUAAGGGGGAUUACAGGUGCCCACCACCACACCAAGCUAAUUUUUGUAUUUUUAAUAGAGACAGGUUUCACCAUGUUGACCAGGCUGGUCUUGAACUCGUGACAAGUGAUCUGUCUGCCUCGGCCUGAUUACAGGCAUGAGCCACCACACCCGGCCUCAUGUGGAAUGUCUAGGAGCAAGCAGGUGGUCCUGGGCUGCCAUGUGGGCUCCUGGAGUAUGUGUCUUGGCCCCUGUGUGGCUCUCCAGUAAGAACAGCUCAGACAGUCUCAACCCCACUCUCACCCCUUGCUGCACUCCAAGGACGGUGGGAGCUGAAGGAUGGGGAAGAACAGAGAGUGAGCACCCCUCCCUACCACUGACAAGUUCUGCCUCGUCGUGGGGCUCCCCUGGUUCCCAAGACACCAGUUUCUCCCUCAGCCCCUCAUCCUGACCCAGCGAAGAUCUGGGCAUUGCCAACUCUGCACCUCCUUCCUCCAUGGGCAUCUCUGGAUCCCCACCCUGAGCACUGCCCACACCUCCAUCCUCAGCCCGGGGCAUGCAUUCGAGCUAGAGAGGCUUGCAGCCCUGACCCCAAUAGCCUGCCCUCCCCAGGAUUCAGGGGGAGCCCAGAGCCUCACUCUAAACCACCAGCAUGCUCACCUCCAGGCACCAGGCUGCUGGUGGGAAAGGAAGGAGCUGGGCAAUCAGAGGCUCCCAGCGCAGCCGCCUGAAGCAGCAGCGUAGCCAUGGUGACAUUUUUUUUAGCAGGAGGAGGUUUGGUCUGGAGGGGCUUGCUCCUCCGAGGUGACAGAGAUGCCCUGGAGGUCAGGAGAGAAGGCAGGGAGGGCCAGGCCCCCCUGAAAGCCCAGGGCACUCUUUUCCUGGUGAUCAGAGGUGAACCCCGGCCAGCUCCCACCGGCCCCCUCCUCCUGGCUGCAUUUUCUACGGAGACCCUUGGGAGUCCUAAGGCCAUUCUGGGCCCCUUUCUGAGCCCUGAGAUCUGGUUGUGGGGACAACCAGGGCUUUUGCAGCCCCAGCUAAGAGGGGGGGCUUUAGGGCAAGAGGACCCCAACCCUGCAGUGAGGGGAUUUUUUUUUGAGAUGGAGUCUCACCCUGUCACCCAGGCUGGAGGGCAGUGGAGUGAUCUCAGCUCACUGCAGCCUCCACCUCCUGGGUUCAAGUGCUUCUCCUCCCUCAGCCUCCCAAGUAGCUGGGAUUACAAGCGUGUGCCACCAUGCUUGGCUAAUUUUUGUAUUUUUAGUAAAGACAGGGUUUCUCCAUAUUGGGCAGGCUGGUCUCGAACUCCUGACCUCAGGUGGUCCACCCGCCUUGGCCUCCCAAAGUGCUGAGAUUACAGGCGUGAGCCACCGCGCCCGGCCAAUGGGGGUAUUUUUGACGCCACUUCCUGAGUGAAGCACUUUGCAUGGGGAUGGGAAGAAGAACCCCCUUUCUCAGCCCACUCCGAGCAGGGCCUGGAGCAGUGGAGAUGGUGGUUAGUGUAAUAGGCAGAGCCUGAGAGAGGCUGGGGGACUUCUCCAAUAGAAAAAAGACAUUGGCUUAGGGUACUGUGGUGAGGGAGGGGAUUAGGCUUGGUGGGGGCCCAUUCAAAGGAGGCCGGGCCCAGUGGCUCACACCUGUAAUCCCAGCACUUUGGGAGGCCAAGGCAGGCAGAUUGAUUGAGGCUAGGAGUUCAAGACCAACCUGACCACAUAGCAAGAUCCCAACUCUACCAAAAAAAAAAAGAGGCUGCCAGGGAAGGAAGCCAGCCAGCAGUGGCCUGGCGCGGAGGCAGGAGCCUGAGGCCUGGGCCGUGGCAUCCAGGCACAGCCUGGUGGCCAAGAGAGCUUGUGGCUGUCGUUACAAGGGAAGAGGAGGCAUGGAAAUGGGAAGUGCCGGGCGGCUUCUGUGCUGGGAGUCGGGACACAGGCCUGGGCAUGUUUACACGUAUGUGGGUGUAUGUGGGUGUGUUCAUACACAUUAGAGAGUGUGCGUGCAGGUGUGCAGACCCAUACCUGAGAGGUGGGACUGGCUCCUGGAGUAUUUUGAGUUCUCAGAAGCAGUCUUGCUCUCGGGCCCUGAGUACAGAGAUGAGGUGAGUGGAGGCAGGACUCGAAUGCAGGCCCUGGCUCCAGGGGAAAGGGUGGGCGUCUCUGGUAGGAUGGCCUCACCCCACUUGUCGGAACUACUCUGGAGCGGGGCAAAGGUGUCAGGAACAGUUUAGCUGAGCGAUUCUGGCUCAGGGUUUUUCAUGAGGUUGUCUAAAAUCUUAGCUAAGGAUUGGAGGAUGCACUUCUAAGUUAGGCCUGGCUGUAGGCAGAAGGCCUCAGCUUCUCCAGGUGAGCCAACCCACGGGGCUGCUUGAGUGUCCUCACAAAAUGGCACCCGGCUUCCUCCCACCCAGAGCAAGAGAUUCAAGGGCCCAGGGUAGAAGCCGAAGUGUUACUUUUAUCCCUAGCCUUAGAAUUCACAUGCAGUUGCCUCCACCAUGCUCUGGUGUGAUACAGCCCAGCUCUGAUCGGAAGGGGCUGGGCCUGCCCGUGCUGACUCUUCAAAGGCAUCACAUCCUGAAGGUGGUGUUCCCAGGGAGAGCUUUUGGGGGCCGGCGCUCCCUCACCUACUGGGGCUCAUUCUGGAAGAGGGUCCAGAAGAAUUGGGAGACCCCUGCCCCUCACUCAACUUUGGAGGUGGCAGGGUGAACAGCAGGCCAAGUUCAGGGACUGAGACAGGCCAAGGCCAGUGCUGUUUCCCCUCCACUGCCUCAGUUUACCUGUAUUCAGAAGACAGGUCUGGGAAGAGUUGAGCAGAGUUCUCUCUAAAGGAGUAGGGAGCUGAUAACAAUCCCAAGCCCUCCUUAUGCCAAAAUCAUUUCCGUUAUCCUGAGAUGGGGCGAGUGGAUGGAUAGUGUACUGAGGGGCCUCUGCCCUGCCAGGAGCCCCCAUCAAAGGGAAGCGCAGGGGACUUCUGCCCACGGCCCCCUCUGGCCCUCGCCUGGCGUGCCCGGGUCACCAGCAGCAGCAGUGGUGUUUCAGUGGUCCCAAGAUCUGGGGGAAGGGGAGAACCUGCCAUCUUACCCCUACCCCCCGGGGCCUUUACGCUUAUUUUCUUGUUGAAACACAAAACCCUCGAGAUUCAUGUACUGUAUAUUGGAGAGAAAAAAAUACCUAAUGUUCCCCCAAAAAGACAGUAUAUUUUGUACUUUGUAAAGUGUUAAUUAAAAUGAAAAACGA